AUGCCUUCGAAAGCAAAUAAAAAAAUUCAAGGCCCAAGCCUGUAUAAGACAUUUAUCGACGCUUAUAUGAAAGCUCGGCCUAAUGAAAAACGAGUUGAGAAACAUCAAAAUGCCCAAAUGGAAUGGAAUGAAAUCAAAUGGAAUGAAGAAUAUGUUAAAGAAAAAAUUGAAGAAUAUUUAGAAACUUUUAAUAGAAUUGGAGCACCUCCAAAUCUUGACCGUUCUGUAUCACCUCGAUCCAAACCUUCUCGUCGUCGAGUAGUAAAAAGAGCUAAACUUGAUCCAUCUGAUGACGCGAAAACUCAAGGUGACGAUGAUGAGAACAGCAAACAAGAUGAACAAUCGAAUCUGUUAGAUGAUCUCGAAGAUGAUGAAGAUCUCGACGAUGAUGAUGACAUGGAGGAGGAAGAAGAUGAGGAAGACAGAAAGAAAAAAGAAGCGUCGAAAAAGAAGCCUUUUUAUGGUACAAAAAAACGUAGACUAAUUCCUGACGAAGAACUCAUUGAAGAUCCAAAUAAUUUACCACCUGUACCAGGCAUUCCAUUGGAACCAUUGGCAAAGCAAAAACGACAACCAGCACAAGAACGUAUUUUUAGUGAAUUAAGUGCCAUUAACGAUCGUAUAGCUUCGUUAGUACAAGUUAAACAAAUGGGUUUAUCGACAGCGGAAAAUCGAAAACAGCUAAAACAAUUAAUGAAAGAUCGAAAAAAGAAAACUUAUGAAUUAAGACGUCUUCAAUCAAAACAACGAGCUUCAAAUAAAUAUCGCGUGAAACGAAAAAAAAUUGUUGAACAUUUAUUUGAAACAAAACCUGAAUUACAUCCACAAUUGAAUAAACUCUAUCGUCGUGGUGCUGGUCGACCACGUGUUGAAGAAAAUUGUCCUGAUCUUUUACAAAUCAUUGAAGAAAUUGCCAAAGUCGGUGGUGCAAGUGAUGAUAGAAGACGCUCAGAAACUAUUCGACCUUGUUUAACAUUAGAUGAUUUAAGAGAAAAAAUUAAACAACGAGGCUAUGAUAUCAAACGAACAACACUCUAUUAUCGUCUAUUACCACAUCGUGCGAAAUCAAUCGAUGGUCGUCGGCAUGUUAAUACUGUACCAGUUCGUCUUCGUCGUGCUCAAAAUGAUGAUCAUGGUAAACAUGAAGAUGGACAUUUUGCUACAGCAACAAUACGUUAUAUAAAAGAUUUAGCGUCGAUAUUCGGCAAUGAUUGCAUUUUUUAUUUAUCACAAGAUGAUAAAUGUAAAGUUCCGCUGGGUUUACCAGCAGCACGUGUUCAAGCUUCAAUGGUAAUGCAUUUGGAUUAUCGUAUACGUUUACCUGAUCACGAUUGGACAGUCGCACCACGCCAUCAGUUAACACCAAGUGUUUAUGCAGCAUGUCUUCUAUCUGAAGAUGGCGAUCUAGGCUAUUCAGGUCCAACAUACAUUGCUGUACGAUCAGCUAAACACGAUCUAUCAAGUGCUGAAUCACAUGCAUUAGAUUUCGAUCGUCUUGUUUGUUUAAAAGAAUUUGAAAAUGUAGCACGUGAUGAAAGUGGCCAAGUGAAACCUAUUGUUAUUUUUACUGUCGAUGGUGGCCCUGAUGAAAAUCCACGUUUUCCAAAAACACUCGUUUCGAGUAUUAGAAAAUUUAAAAAAUAUAACUCAGACGCACUUUUUGUUCUUACACAUGCUCCUGGCCAGUCAGCCUACAAUAUAGUCGAACGUCGUAUGGCUCCACUGUCGCAUGAUUUAGCUGGUCUUAUAUUACCACAUGAUCAUUUUGGUUCACAUUUAAAUGAAUCAGGUGGAACAAUCAAUGUUGAUUUAGAAAAAUUAAAUUUUCGUAAAGCUGGACAAAUCUUAGCCGAAACAUGGAAUCAAUCAGUUAUCGAUGGAUUUCCCUGUGUUGCUGAAUAUAUCAAUCCACCGGCUACAUCAGAUGAUGAACGUCGACAAAUCGAUGCUAGAUUUAUUAUGGAUGAAAUUUUACGAGAAGUUUGUGCUGAAGAAGAAGCAGAAGAAGGACACGAAUUUCGUAUAAGUGCACGAGAUGAAUAUUAUCAAGAAAAUGCUCGUGCACCGAGAGAAAAAAUCGGCGAACAACCAAAAUAUGAUAUUGAUGAAUAUUGGUGUUCCAUACAUGUUUUACAAACGCAAUAUACAUUACAAAUCAUUCGUUGCAAUUCAGUUGAAUGUUGUGGACCGUGGCGUUCAAAUUAUGUUGAAAUAUUUCCUCAUCGAUUUUUACCAGCACCUGUACCAUUCGAACGUACACCCUAUGGUAUUAGAAUGGCAGAUAGAGAUUAUCAACGAGGACAAUUUUAUGGCUCAUUAUUUCAACGCAUUCAAUUUCAUGGUGUUGUUAUUCAACAUACACAGAAUGAAAUGUUACCAUUUGAUUAUUGCUGCUCAUCAGUGAAAAAAGAAUUAAAGAAACGUACAUGUAAAGUUUGCAAUCAAUAUAUUCCAUCAGCAUAUCGUAUGAAAAAUCAUUAUAAAAUUCAUGCACAGCAUUAUGAUGAUUUCGAUCACGAUCAAGAAGAUAGAUUACCAGCACUACCGGAAACAACUGAUACAAAACCAAAUUCAAAUGAAAAUAAACCAACGACAGGAGCGCCCGCGCCUGUAUUUAAAACAGAAAUGUUAGAUUGGCUUCGAACAGAUUUUGAUAGUGUUGAUUUGGGUGCAGGAGAAACACAACUUGCAAAUGAUCGUGUUACACGUUCAAUGAAAAAAUUACGUUUUGAAGACGAUAAAGAUGAAGACGAUACCAAAGAUUGGGUACACGUUGAAUAG